AUGAAUGGGGAGCUAUUAGAAAAAUUCUUAUUUAAUGUCGCGGAAACCGGAACAGCGGUGCCGAACAAUUUGGCCGAUAAACGAGAGGAAAAUGAAAUCAAGAAGAAGUUUCUGAAUAAAGUGAGUUUUUAAAGCAAAGUUUCAAAGUUUCCAAACUGAGUUCAGGAUGCUCCAAACUCUCUAUUCGCAGCCAAUUACAUAGCUUCUAAUUACACAGACGUCGACCUCAUCCAGUCGAUAAUUGGCCAAAUUCUCUCGAUUUAUUAUAAAGCUGGUGAGAUUUCCCAUUUUUGAAUUUUCUAUACAAAAACAAAAUAUUCUAAGGAGUUUUGCAAUUGUACGCUCUUCAAUUCGUUCCCGGAUUCGUGUCCCUGUACUUGCUGGCAGUGUCAAAAAAGCAACACAAAAGCAUUUCGCUUUUUGAGACGUUUCUGACCGCAAUUUACAAUGAAGAAAUUGUCAAAGAUCCGGAGACGAACGAGAAAAAGGUGAGCCUGGAAGCCAAAAAAAGAAGAAACGCGGAAAACGGACAUUUCUUCAGAUGGAAGACAUCCGAAUCCCUUCAAUUCGCCACCACAGUGUCUACCAUGACCCAGCAAAAAUACAAGUCCAGACCGAUGUCCCUUUUGUACGAACCGCAACCAUCACACCGGUUUUGGUGAGAAAUUUCAACUUUUCUUCUUUCAACCAAGUUUUUCUUGUAGAAUACCCUCCGAUUCGGUCCAUUUCCAUCGAUUUCAAAAAUGAACGGCGAGAACAAGUUCAUGGUGCUCAACAGAAUUCUCUUCUCAGUCAACGAAUCCCUGUUCGAGGUGUCAUCCGAAGUGGCCGCUCGUUAUGUUUGCCUCGGAACUCUCUCCGUUUGCCGAUCUGGAUUCUCAUUCCCAGAGACUGGGUUCCGGAAAAAAGUGCUCGAAAGCGAGUCGCAAGAAGUGAUCGAAGACUUCUCGAAAAAACCACGUCAGCAAGUAACGGCCGAGUUUCUGAAUCAUUUGCUACGCGGCUGCUAUCUGGCCCUCUUCAACGGAGCAGCCGACUUGGCCCUGAGAGCCAUUGAUUCGAGAAAGGAGCGUUCACAAUGA